GAUUCUGCUACUUUCGUCGAUUAACGUUUGAACAAUGCUGCUGUAACACAUGUUAUUGAGAUUGAUAAGCACACUCUGAUAUGUGAGGUCCAAACAGGGAUGAUGGAACACCGACCGAACUGAUGAUGUUAGAUGCUCUGCUGGGAUUCACGAUACCCGACCACUACCUCUAUAUAUACCCAGUGGUAGUAUGGGAAAACAGAAGGCAAUUGCAGAUCUAACUCGUUGAGCACAACGAGUUGAUAAUCUUCUUUAGGAACGAUAACUGAGAUUUGAAUUUAUGGUUUGGGAUAUUUGAUCUAUUCAACCAGAAAUGUUUCGUAUUCCAUUCAGUUUUGUGUGAGAAAUUUGUUCUUGGAAUUAUGUACGGAGGCUAUUCCGGCGUAACCAGCAGCGGUCAUAAAAACCGCCGCCUAUGUCAAAAUUGACGUUGACAGCAUCAUUGCUGUACACGACAAAAUUCUCCGAGGCGGAACAUGUCUGUGCUCUUGCCAACCCUGACGAGAACUAACGUUCCGGCAGCACCUAUAAACUGUGGAAUAACUGGACGGCGUCCUCAGUUGAACCAAAUAUAGUGCAGCUAUACGAUGGCAUCUCUCAUCCAAGCAGUGAUUUUAGAAAAGAAAAGACUAUGGGAAUCAAGAGAUCAACGACUUGACGGCUGGCCGUUGAUGAGUUCCCCGUUGCCAUCCAUUAUAAUUUGCCUGACAUAUUUCUACACCGUCAAAGUAUUGGGGCCAAAGUUCAUGAAAAAUCGACCAGCUUACGACCUACGCGGAGUUUUAUUGGUCUACAACGUCUUCCAGAUUCUAAUCAACAGCUGGAUAUUCCACGAACUGGGCCGCUUCGGUUGGCUCAGUGGGAACUACAGCUUCAUCUGUCAGCCGGUCGACUAUUCAAACAGUGAGGCAGCUCUUCGGAUUCUCAGAGCAAGCUACUGGUUCUACAUAUUAAAGUUCAUCGAUUUUUUCGACACUCUGUUCUUUGUGCUCCGCAAGAAAAAUAACCAAAUCACGACGCUCCAUGUCCUCCACCAUGGACUGCUGCCCAUGAACAUAUGGCCGGGGCUCCGAUUCACGGCCGGAGGACAGGCUUCUUUCUUUGCAUUCCUCAACGCGUUGGUACACAUUGUGAUGUAUUUCUACUACUUCUUGGCCGCUAUGGGACCAGGCGUGCAAAAAUAUCUCGGCUGGAAGAAAUACCUCACCACCUUCCAAAUCAUUCAGUUCGUCGCUGCGUCGAUCCACUGUUUCCAGCUGAUUUUCGUCGACUGCGAUUUCCCCAUCGGUUUCUGCUGGUGGAUUGGAUGUCAAGAGUUGCUCUUUCUUUGCCUUUUUAUCAAUUUUUAUAAACACACCUAUGUCGAGAAGAAAGAAACGGCGGGGUCUGUUUCACUUUCACCAGCAAGAAAAAAGAAAAAUCAAUAGGCAUACGUAUACAUAAAGUGCACAAGUGUUGUUCGUUCAAAUACCCUAUUUGUGUAGGAAUUUGUGUUUUUUUUCAGAAAAUUUUAAAAUUUGACGAUUUGGAAAAUUUGGCUAUUCAGGAAUGAGUUAUUCAGGAAAUAAAGGUUCCCCAAAUUUGAAAUAAAAAAAUCAAGUUGAUGAUGAGGUUCAUGAAUAUAAUUCGUUUCUGAGAAAAAAAAAAAGGUUUUUCCACACGCCUCUACUGUCCAAUUUUGAAUAAAUUUAUUUCCCUUUUAUUCGAGAAGGUUUUUUUCAUACCGUGUGUGUUGUGCCUCUUUUUUUUUGAUCACGUAAUCCAAUUAUUUUGUUUCAAAACUUUCUUUCAUAACUUUUGGCACCAUAGGAGUCCAAGACCCGGCCAU